AUGGCGGAUGAGAGAGUUUCAAGUGAGAGUCGAAGAGCUAUUUCUUGGUUAUUGUGGGCAAUAUGGAAGAACAUGAAUGCGAUCAUCUUCGCUAACACAAGAGACUCGGUGAGGAGACGAGUUCUAUUUGCAAUGGAGGAAGCUAAACUAUGGAAAGGGCUUAACAGGGCUCGUAACUCACCUUUGAACUGUCCUUCUGCUCUGGUCCUGGCCAGGAGUUGGUCUCCUCCACUGCAAUCUCAGGUGAAAUGUAACAUACAUGCGAACUGGCGUAAUAAUAAGCUGCAUUAUGGUGGCUCUUGGAUUACAAGAGAUUACCAAGGAAGAGUCAACCAUCAUUCACGAGAAGCUUUUACCUCUUCUCCGGACAGACUCACGGUAGAGCCAAGAGUUUUGUUAUGGGCUUUACAGAGUUUGAGAGACCUACAUGUUCAAGAAGUGGUAAUUGGCUCUGACUUAAGCGAACUCGUUGAAGCAAUUAAAAGACCUGCUGAUUGGCCAAAGUAUCGAUGGCUAUUACAACAGCCAACAGGUGGUGAAGUUAAUUGGUGCUUUCCCUAUGGUUGGUUUUGA